AUGAGCUUUGGCUUUGGGGUCGGAGACUUCAUCGCUGUUAUCCAGGUCGCUACGAGAAUCCGCAAAAGGUUCUCAGAUGCACCGACGCAGUUCCAGGCUAUUUCAGAUGAAGUGAAGAGUCUGUCAAUACUUCUCUCGGAUGUUGCAGUUUAUGCGGACACGUGGGAGGAGACGCUGAGUCUUUCCCAGACCAAAGAGCUGGAAUCAAUUGUGAAAGGCUCCAGAGGUGUGCUGGAAGAUCUGGAGAGUCUCCUAGCCAGACAUGAUACUUUGAGCUCCGAUCAUGGGAGACGUGAAAGGUACCGUGUAAAAAGGAUCUGGGAACGUCUCAUGUUUGAUUCGCGGGACGUGACUGAGCUUCGAACGAGACUCAUUUCCAAUGUUACUCUGCUAGAUACCAUUCUCAGGAAUAUUACGGAGCGAAACACACAAAAGAGUAUUGCUAGGCUCGACAAACACAUCGAUGAGCAAGAGCAAGAUCAGAUACUUGACUGGAUCAGCAUGGACUGCGAAAGGCAUACCGACCGUCUGAACUGGCUUCUUCAUCGUCGCGAACCCGGAACUAGGAAAUGGCUUUUUGAGUCGCCCGAGUGGCACAAGUGGACUAGUGACGAAGGGAGGGGGACCACGCUCUUCUGUCCAGGGAUUCCAGGCGCAGGCAAAACCCACACAUCGGCCAAGCGGCUCUAUUCGACAUCCCCUGCUGACGAGGUUGGCAUUGCUUUUAUAUUUUGCGACUAUCAGCGAUCCACAGACACAGAGCACAUCGACCUGGCCCGAAAUCUUCUGCGAAUGAUUCUUGAGCAGCCGCUUGCUUGGCCAGCUGCCCUACGCCCAGCAUACGAGUCCGCAAAACGGUCGAGAUCAGAGGUCAGUCUUGAUGAAGUAUUUCGUAUUCUCGAGGCUUCCAUGCUAGUGCGAAAGAGGAAUUAUGUGAUCAUUGACGCGAUGGACGAGCUACACACCGACGCACGAGAUGUGUUGGUACCGAAGCUUUUUGAGUUGCAAAAGCGCACCGGCUUGAACAUAUUUGCUACUUCCCGCGACAUUGGACAUAUCAGUGACCUGUUCUCCGGUGCCCGUCAGAAGAGAAUCAAAGCCACAGGCGAAGACAUUGAGCAAUAUCUCUCUACUCAUAUGGCGACGCUGCCAAAUUUUGUGUCGAAGAACUCAGAUUUACAGACUGAAAUCAAGAACUCGGUAAUUCACGCCGCUGGAGAAAUGUUUCUCCUCGCCGACUUACAUCUUCUAUCCUUGAAAACAAAGCCAUCGCCCAAGGCUCUGCGCAAGGCCCUCCAGGGCUUAUCCUCCGGACCAGAUUCAGCCAAGGAGGCGCUAGAAAAAGCUAUGCAACGUGUCACCAGCCAACCACAGGAUACAUCUACUAUGGCUUUGCAGGCGUUGAUGAUUUUGACUAUGUCUCGCCGUCCCCUCGCGGUCAACGAGCUAUGUCACGCCCUUGCCAUUGAUCUAGACGACCUCGACAGUGGGUUUGAUGCCGAAAACAUCCCACCCAUCGAUUACGUUAUGUCUUCUUGCGCCGGCAUGGUUAUCGUUGAAGCACAUACCCGGCCAAUCCAAGAUUCAGAGCCAGAGAACGGAGCCAGCACUGCGUCCCAAUCAAUGGGGAGUUUGGCUGAAGACAGCCUCAUCAAGCUGGCACACAAAUCUAUACGCGACUACCUAUCGUCUACCCAAUCUAGGUGGUUCCCACAUGCGAAGGCUCAAAUGGCAGCAAUCUGCAGAAUCUUCAAACAAGCGUUCGAAAAGAAUGACAUUGAUGGGGAACUUCCGUUUUUGAACUAUGCUCAGGACCACUGGGCAAUUCACCACUACGAGAUCGACCCCGUCGUCUCAACGACAACUACAGAGGAAGACGUGGGAGGACAAAUUGUACGACAGGGGUCUUUUCCACUCGCAGUGAAGCAGGCCGGCGAACAAUUUGCGCUCCGACAGCUUGCGCUCGAGCUGCAGGCACAUGGAGCCUCACUGGCCGGUCGAGAUCACGAUGGCUUUACUGUGCUGGGCAUUGCCGCACGGGAUGGACACAGCGACAUGCUCGGCUGGCUGUUAGGCCUAGAAUCCAUGCACGUCAGUCUUUUAUUUGCUAUUCAGCAAAGGUUGGAAUUCGCUCAGCUAGAUUCUGACAAGAAGUGGAGCCUCAUAAAUGCGCCUAAACCUCCAAGGCCAAAGUCCAACUCUGCUAUGAGACUGAGACCAGAGCAGCUGCUCGAAGGCCGAGUCUUCAUAACACCACUAGCUGCCGCAGCCCUCAACGGGCACGAGGUGUGCGUCAACAUGCUCAUCCAAUGGAUGCAAAACCAUCACGGCGAAGCAAUCAGGGCCGAAUGGAAAGUAAUCUGCACAAAUGCCAUGAUCUGUGCCAUGCAAAAAGGGCACGCCACAAUAAUGCGCAUAUUACUUCCUUUCAUCGAAGUCAACUCUACCUCUCCAGGCUUUGGUCGUCAUACGCCACUACAUUUCGCUGUCAUUCUCCAGAAUGCUGAAGCCGUCAGAUUGAUCCUGAGGGAGAAGAAUAUUGACCUAGAGAAACGAGAUGUAAAUGGUAGAACUGCACUGACCUUAGCAUCAAGAUUUGAUUCGACAGACAUAACUCAGGAGCUCUGGUCUUGCGGCGUGGCGCAAAUGGAUCCUGCAGUUGUCUUGGAGGCACUGUUCGAAAGCCGCGAUACCAUCAAAUUGAUUCUUCCCUUUUUCCGCACAAACUUUUCCAAAUGCAGUCCUGACGGCCUAUUUGCGAGAGAUGAUAGCGGAUACAGCUGCUUUGACAAGUUCAUGUUUAGCUUCCUUGGAGGAAUGUCCGAUAUAGAAGCAGACCAGUCUCAACAGUCACACAACACCAAUAUUGAGGAAAUCGAUCCAUUCAAUUGGAGAGCUCCUCUCUUCGAAACAUUCACUGUCAAUCUUUGCAACAAAAACCGCCAACUUGCACAGCUCAGCACCGAUCUGCUUGACCCGGACAACAGGUUGUUGUUCGCCAGAGCUGGUCACCAAGACAGAGAAUGUUUCAUCGGGAUAAAUUCGCUCUACUUUACCCUGGCAUCCCGUUCAUCUGAGCUACUGCGCAGCUUGCUUCAGCUGUGUCCUGCUUCCGUGCGUGAAGUGGACAGCAAAGGUCGAACAGUACUGACAGCCGCCUUCGUCAGAGGUGACCAUGCAUCAAUUGUUCUUAUCCUAGACACACUUAGGCAACAAGAGGAUACUUCAGUUGUCAACUCUGUGUCCAUAUCUGGACUCUCUGCUCUGUCAGCUGCUAUUUCGAACUGGGAAAUUGAACAGGAACAAUUACAUUUGCUCCUGACGUUUCCCGGAUUUGACCUACGACUCGUUUUCCAUGAAAAUGGAAACGGAAUUUGCCCUCUAAUGGCUUUAGUGAUGAUGACAGCCGGGCACACAAUUUCAGAAUACGAUAAUUUGGAACCGUUCUGGGUCCCCGAAGCGGCAUUGGCAUGUGGGACACUCGGUGCGACGGCUCUUAUUCGUGCAUCAAGAACCUGGAGGCACAAUGAAAUAAUCGAAUUUCUUUUGCAGACACCCGAAGUGAAUAUUGGCCACCGAGAUGAACAGGGGCGAACAGCAUUGUCCUACAUUGCUGAAAACCUCGGGGAGUUCGCUGAUGGCGGUAUGGCUUCAACGCUGAUCGAAGAGCAUGGAGAGGAUCCGCUCGCGGUAGAUGAUCAUGGAUGGUCACCCCUCCUUUAUGCGGUUUCGAGUGGCAAUGUGUGGGAUGGAAGCCCCUAUCACCAGCUACUGCAAGACGCAGACUGCUUGGCAGACUGGGUUGACGAACAUGGCUCUACUCCGCUUCACCUGGCCGUCAAGGGUGGAUCAUCACUUGCCAUGAGGUUGUUACUGCAGCAUGCAUGCAGCUCCAAUUGGCUAAAUUCGGUCGAUGCGAAGGGGACGGUUCCACUGGCUCAUUUCUUCUCGGUCUUCUGUUAUUCCAGUUACAAGCAAAAGUGUCCACACAGUGGUCCCAAACGCUAUGAUCGAAGCGUGAAAGAUUACGACGAAUACCUUCAUGUGCUGAAUGAGAUAUUAAAACGAACUGAUCUUCUUCCCGACAUCCCUGACAAAGAGGGCAAGACACCGUUGUGGCAUGCUCUGAACGGACUUCAAAACGAGUACACAGUCCGCUCUUCAGAGGCUGUGGCCCCACAAUCUGUCUUUCUUGACAGAUUCUUGCAGGGUAUCCGGGCUCUCUGUGCUCGUGAUGACGUGGACCCCAUGAAGUCUUCGGCGCUUGAAAAGACGCCACUCGAACUGGCCAUUGAACUUGCCAAGACUUAUUGCCACAAAAAGACACGAGCGCCUGAGGUGCAAAAUGAUGAAGAAAUGGACUCUUUGUGUCCCGACAUUGCCAGUGGCAAAGUCAAGAUGAGAAUUAUACUCAAAAGACUGAGCAAUUGCAAGGUCAGGGCCAUGAAUUGA